CAUUGCUAGAGCCUAAGAGGAACCGUUUUUUUUUCAUGGUGACCGUUGACGCAUUAGCGUGGAACGAGCGUUUCACGCGACAUGUUUCUGCCAAAAACACAGAUAUUUUCUUCCCGCUUUCUUGCCAUUUAAAUAUUCUUCUUCUUCUUAAUCACUUUUGAUUAUCAUUCGAAAAUUUUCAUCUCUCUUCGAUUGAAUUCCAUCAAUCUUUCCCGCUCUGUACAAAUUCUUUCUUUGAUCUCUGAGCUUUUCUGUUUCGGAAGAAAUCGAUUUGAAAAAAUCCGGACAAUUGGCGUAGAAGCUGGUUGGUUGCAUGUGAACCGAUUCCGUGAUUGAUUUCAAACCGACAGAGACCGACAGAGAUAUUAAUUCAGAGGUGAAGAAUCGAUACUCUGUUAGAUAGAGUUUGAACUUCAAGCUUAGGUUUAUUCCUCUGUUAUUGUUCUUUGGAGGGUGAUUUUUGGAUUUCUAGGGUUCGGAUAGUUUAAAUUGGUGUUAUCCGCAGAAGAGAUUUGCCCUUGAGAUUUGAGUUUAACAGUUUGAUAAAAUCGGCAGGUCAUCAAACUGUUUGAUGAAAAUUGGGUUUCUGUGGUUUCUCUCAAAUGAAACUGAAGUUUAUCUGAUAUUUCUGCAAUCUGCUUUCAUUUGAUGCGAAGUGUUAGUAACAAAAGGUUUCAAAAGGGGAUAAAUCUUGAAAUUUAUACUAGAAGUGAAAUGAAGGCCAUGCCAAGAAAUAAGGCUGAUGGAAAAGAGGUGGACAAGUUUACUACUUACAUAAUUGCAACCAAGGAAUUGUCGCUUGGAGUUGUGAAGGUUGUAUCAUUUUUGGUUAUAUUCGUAGCCGGCGUUAUUCUUGGGUUGGCAGCAAGUGCACAUGUUACUAGAUACAUUACUUCUUCACACAAUGAUCUAUUCUUCCAAUCACAAAACUUUUUGGGUAGGAAGAGUUUUGUCAACCCAACCUAUUUGCAACAUAGUAUGACAGAUGAUGGGCUAUUUUGGAUGGCUUCAAUGGUGCCAAAGAAAGAUGCCUAUCCAUACAACAGAGUGCCUAAGGUGGCUUUCAUGUUUCUGACCAGAGGACCAUUGCCAUUGAGACCACUAUGGGAGAAAUUUUUUCAUGGUCAUGAAGGGCUCUUUUCAAUUUAUGUUCAUGCACUUCCAGGGUAUGAGAGCCAUGUCUCAAAUAUGUCUGCUUUCUAUGGCCGCCAGAUCCCAAGUCAGGAUGUUCAAUGGGGAUCAGUAACUAUGUUAGAUGGAGAGAGGCGUCUUCUCGCCAAUGCCCUUCUUGACUUCUCGAAUGAGCGGUUCGUUCUUCUUUCUGAGAGUUGCAUCCCGAUAUAUGACUUCACAACUGUUUAUAAAUACCUCAUUGGCUCUCCACAUAGCUUUGUUGAGUCCAAUGAUGAUCCAUCCCGUUACGGACGUGGCCGUUACAGCCUCUUUAUGUAUCCAUACAUUAAGCUCCCACAGUGGAGGAAAGGAUCCCAGUGGUUUGAAAUGAACCGUGCUCUAGCAUUACACAUAAUCUCAGAUAGUGAGUACUAUUCUAUCUUCAGUAAAUAUUGUACGCCUACUUGCUACCCGGAUGAACAUUACUUGCCAACUUACAUAAACAUGUUCCAUGGAGGAAUGAAUGAAAAUCGGACUCUGACUUGGGUUGAUUGGUCAAAAAGGAGCCCUCAUCCAGCUACCUAUGGAAGGUAUGAUAUCACAGAAGGUUUUAUACAAUCCUUAAGGAAUAAUGGAACAGAUUGUUCAUAUAAUUCCAAACGAACAUCUGUUUGUUACCUUUUUGCAAGGAAGUUUGCUCCCGAUGCAUUGGAGCCCCUACUUAACAUUAGCUCAACAGUAAUGAAAUUUUGAAAAUGUGUAAUUAUUUUGUGAAGAUCUUUUUCUUUUCCUAUUUCCCUCUUUCUACUUUUGGUUUUCAUUCCUCCUAUACGUGUAGAAUUCAAGUUCUCCAUUAUGACAAGAUGGCUAUUGGAUUAGUUUAGAAGGGAAACCCUGAAGAUCUACAAGAACAGAAGCCAUGUAACAGUUUACGCUGAUUAUGGAUGCAAUAUGCCUCUAUUGGUGUCCAGACUAAUCCAACCCAAGCUUUUUUUGUGGUUUUCCAAAUUCCAAUCCUAACAAGCCUGCCUAUUUCAUGUUUGAUUAAUCCUGGUGUUUGGACCAUGAAUGGGUUGACACCUCUCCCCGGAGUUUGGUCGAAUACGUGAGGUCAGCGGCUCAG